CGACCUAGUCAUAAACGAUCCGCGCACCAGUGUCAAGAUGGCGCACGUUCCCACACUCCUUCUGCUGGCGCUCGUUUGCACGUGUGUGGCGUUAGUGUCCGUCCGUGGCGCACCCAGCCACGAUGGCCUUGCCGGGCGGCACAUCCCGCUGCCGGUGCAGAAAACACCGCGCAUCCGGGGCGGCGUACCGGUGGCCCCGGGCGAGAUCCCGUACGCGGCCGGGCUGAUGAUUCAGCAGCCCAUCGGCAACCGUUGGUGCGGUGGAAGUUUAAUAUCGCUGAACUAUGUGCUAACGGCGGCCAACUGUUUCCUGAACCCCGGUGCAACGACGGUCCUGCUCGGCGCAUCCAACAUGACCAACGUCGAGGACAUCGUCAUGGCCAGUGACGUCAUCGUGCAUCAGGCGUUCGUGCCGAGCCAAAACCUGAACGACAUAGCGCUGGUGCGGCUGUCCCGCCCGGCCAUCCUGAGCGAUUACAUCCGAUUAGCCCGAUUGCCCAACUGGCGGCAGGCCGAUUCACCGUUCACCGGUCAGCUCGCGACCGUUAGCGGGUGGGGCGCACUCGGUCAGAAUGCACCGGAAAUUCUGCCCCUCAACAAUCUGCACCGUCUCAAUGGAUCCGUCAUCAGCAAUGCGGCCUGUGGGCUGCAGUAUCUGGGCGGCAUUGCCGACUCGCACGUUUGCGUCUCGACCGACGACGGGUCGCCCUGUCAGGGCGACAAUGGAGGAUCGCUCACGGUGAACGAUGCGGACGGUGGUCGAACCGUGAUCGGGCUGCUGUCGUUCAUAUCGGCGCUGGGGUGUGAUCUGGACCGUCCCGCAGUGUACACGCGACUUACCACGUACCUGGCCUGGAUUGAGGCUAAUUCGGACGUUACGAUAAGGAACGAUUUUGACUUCUUCCCAACGCCGCCACCAGUAACCGAGUCGACCACAACCGGUGUGCCUCAGACCACCACAACAACGACGCCAGUUCCCACGACACCACCGCCAACUACGACUGUCGUCGCUCCGGAUACGACAGUUACGAUGCCACCGCCUACUCCGCAGUUUAUGCCACCGCACCGAACAAACCGGCCCAACAUUCGAACCGACCGUUAUAUUGUCGAGUGAGCAGAGUUUUGAAAGGCACAAAUAAAAAUAAAUUAAACACAA